UGAAAGAGAGAGAGAGAGAUACAGAUAGAGAUAGAGUGUUAAUGAAGUUGAAGAAGGAAUCUAGUGUUAUUAUCUGGUGAUCAUCUAUCUAAGAUUUUUAGAAGAAGAUUAUGGAGAUUUGUGAAUCUAACUAUAUAAUUGGUAAAAUGGUUGAUUCUCAGUUGAUAUGCAAUGGGUUUAGGUUAAAUGUUAGUUUGUUCUAUCAUGAAAACAGCAGAGGCAUAGCAGUUGUUGUCAAUAUGUUGUUGUAUGCUGAUGCUGCUUGAAAACUGUUUGAGAAAAUGCGUCACACAGCACAGAUUUAUUAGCAGUAGUUAUAAUUGGAGUAUGAAUAAAUUUUUAAUGCUCCAGAUGGGUUUUUUCUCUUCUCAAGGAAGGAUUUGGAAAUUUGCAAUAAGAAGAAGAAGAUGGAAAUUCCUUAUCAGAUGUGAAUUUUUCAAGUACCAGAAAUCAAAAGGGAAGAGAAGUGAGUUUUUGGUGCAAAACCAUGUAUUUGGGGGGCUUUAUAGCAAUUUACUUAAAUAAUAGGGAUAACUCAAAAUACAAGUCAUAUUAUAGAGGGCUUAUAUAUAAACAUUUUAUUUUCCCUCUUGUUUUGACUGCCACCCCUAAAACUCCUCACUCUCUGGUUCUCAUCAAUUCUGUGAAACAAAGUGUGAUCAUCAAGAAACUUCAAAUUCAACUUCAGAAUCACAACAAGCUUCAACUUCAACUUCAGAAUCAAAAGAAUCUUCAACUAAAGGUAUUCUACAAAUUGGUAUUGGAAGAAGAAGAAGAAAACAAGAAGAAGAAGGUGUUCCUGCUAUGGGAAAUCAGUUAUCAUCAUUAGUAAAAAGGGAAAUUAGGAUUUGUAAGUUUCUUCUGUACCAUGGGUUAUUCAAGAUUCUUCUUUUGCUCAUUAAUCUUGAUCAUCUCCAUGUUGAAUUCGUCGUUUAGUUCACUGUUUGAUUCAACACCUGUUCGUGUUCCCAAAAAUCAAAACAUCACACUAAUGGGUGAUGCCCAUUUUCAAGAAGAUGGCAGACUUUUCCUGACUUCUACUUCUUCCUCUCCACCUCCUUCAUCUUCAUCUUUCAUUCGUGUUGGUAGAGCUCUUUACACUGAUCCUAUUAGAUUUAUGAAUUCUUCAAAUAAUCCUACAACUGCGUCGUUUAUUUCGAAAUCCACCUUCACCAUUACACCUGAUUUUUCACGUUAUCAUCCAUUAUUUGGGGAUGGUUUCACAUUCAUCAUUGCUUCUAAAUCCAAUACAAUAGGUAAUGCUUUUGGCUAUAUGGGUCUCUCCAAUCAGAGUAGUCAAGAACAAGGAACAUAUAUUGCAGUGGAAUUUGAUACUAGUUUCGAUCCUAAUCUUGAAGAUGUUAGUGAUAAUCACAUAAGAAUUGAUGUCAGUUCAGUGUUGUCAUAUCCUAUUGUAGAUUCAACUCCGACGGGGUUUAGUUUGAAGAAUGUUUCCAAAACAACAAUUUGGAUUGAAUAUAGUGAUCCGGAAAAACUGAUGAAGAUUUGGCUUAGUUAUGACGCUGAAGCUAUACCUAUCCGGCCAAUUCUCGCUGCUCGUAUGGAUCUCUCUACGUACAUUGAGGAGCUGAUGUUUGUGGGGUUUACUGCAUCGAGUGGAAAAUUUGGUUCCUCAAGACACAUUAUUCAUAGUUGGCACUUCAAGACUUAUCCGUCUCCUUUUGAUACUUCGUUUUCCCUCCGAAGUAAGGAAGAAGGUUCUGAUCUUGCUGGUGGUGCUGGUUCUACUCUAAUGAUGAUCUUUGGAGCAUUAAUAUGUAUGCUUAUAAUUCGGAUGAUGUUUUUCUCACGUGAUCGAAGUGUCGGUGCUGACCAAAUAACCUCCAGUGCACUCACUGAUGCACCUGUUGUAGCAACUAAGAAUCCCACAAAAAUAGUUGAUGUGAAAAAGAAUAAAGCAAGAAGAAAUGAUAAUGGUAGGUUGCCGGCGACUGCUCCUGCACCAAUCUCUGAGAAAGAAGCUGAAGUCAUGGCAUUCCGCAUUGCUCAGGCCAAGGGUGUCACACAGAUGAGUGCAUCUUUGUCAAAAGGAACAAUAGACAAUGCUCGUGACAAAUUCCUUCGUCUUCUCGAAAAGAUGCCAAAACAACCAUAGAAUGUUAACGUGGGGAAAGAACUUGAUGAGCCUAUGCUGUUUAAGGUGAAAAAGGAAGUAAUGGAAGCUUAAGAUGCAUGACUACUGGGUUGCUUUACUUUUUUGGUUCAGUUGUAGGCUUUUUGAUUUGAUAGUCAGAACAUUCUGUAAUGAAAUUUGGAGCACCUGUUGCAUUGAUCGAAAUUCUUUUCUAGUGUAUGGCUUAGUGCUAUUUUGUUAUACAGCAAAGUAAUAUGAAAAACAGAGCUCUGCCUCCUUUCCUUUUGUUGUUUUUGCUUGGGAAAGUAAUGCAGUUUCAUUUGAUUGGUUUUGUUAUUAUA